AUGCUAGGAGAGCCCCAGACAACAGCAGAAAACCGGAUCCACUUUCAUUAUUUGGAUGAAGGAUAACAUAGCUGUCUACAGAGAAACUACAGAUUUCAGAGAGAAACAUUAAAGAACAGAUAACUUACAGUCUUCCUCAUAAGCUUUUUUUGCUCUUCGACUUCUCAACCUCAAUAUGAGUGGUCUGGUAGGGAAACUGGACCCUCGCAGGAUACAGUGGGGCUCGGCAUGGAAUACCUUUACAUCCCGUGUACUGAGGACCAAACCUGUGGAGUCCAUGCUGGAUUCAGCCGUGUCGGGCACCAGCUCGCAUGGCACAAGACUGGCUCGAGUGUUGUCCACUGUGGACCUAGUGUCACUUGGGGUGGGCAGCUGCGUAGGGACAGGGAUGUAUGUGGUCUCAGGGCUUGUUGCCAAGGAGAUGGCUGGCCCUGGAGUUAUUGUAUCCUUCAUUAUCGCCGCUGUUGCAUCCAUACUUUCAGGAGUGUGUUAUGCUGAGUUUGGGGUCCGAGUCCCUAAAACCACAGGUUCGGCAUACACAUACAGCUAUGUAACCGUCGGAGAGUGUGUGGCCUUUUUCAUCGGCUGGAACUUAAUCCUGGAGUAUCUGAUUGGCACAGCAGCCGGAGCUUCAGCUCUCAGCAGCAUGGCAGACUCUCUGGCCAAUCACACCAUCAGCAACUUCAUGAUUUCACAUAUCGGCACUCUCAACGGCUUGGGUAAAGGGGAGCAGUCUUACCCAGAUCUUCUGGCUCUGCUGAUAGCAUUGCUGGUUACAGUGAUAGUGGCAUUAGGAGUGAAAAAUUCUGUCGGCUUCAACAACGCUCUGAACAUCAUCAACCUCAUCGUGUGGGUGUUCAUGAUGAUCGCUGGACUCUUCUUUGUCAACGGAGAGAAUUGGGAUGAAGGAAGAUUCCUGCCGUUUGGCUGGUCAGGGGUAAUGCAGGGUGCAGCCACCUGCUUUUAUGCCUUCAUUGGGUUUGACAUCAUUGCUACAACAGGAGAAGAGGCCAAAAGCCCCAACACCUCAAUCCCGUACGCCAUCACUGCCUCACUUAUCACCUGCCUCACUGCCUAUGUCUCUGUUUCUGUGAUACUAACGCUGAUGGUCCCAUACAAUGAAAUUGAUGAAGAUGCCCCUCUGAUGGAGAUGUUUUCCUUGCAUGGUUGUAUGUUCGCAAAGUACAUAGUUGCUGUUGGGUCCAUAGCUGGACUGACUGUGUCCCUCCUGGGUUCCCUUUUCCCCAUGCCAAGGGUCAUCUAUGCCAUGGCAGGGGAUGGUCUGCUGUUUAAGUUUCUGGCCAGUGUUUCUUCAUACACAGAGACCCCUGCUGUGGCUUGUGUCGUAUCAGGAUUUCUUGCUGCCCUUUUGUCCCUUCUGGUCAGCCUCAGAGACCUCAUAGAGAUGAUGUCUAUAGGCACCUUGCUGGCCUAUACUCUAGUGAGCCUUUGUGUGCUUCUGCUACGUUACCAACCUGAGGGCGACAUCCAUGGCUUUGUUAACUUUCUCUCUGAGGAGCAGAGCAAGAAGAAAAAAGAAGGAAUUCUGGCUGAGUGCGAAAAAGACGCUUGCUCUCCGACAAGUGAGGUGGACGAGUAUGGAGGAGCACCCACGAACACUUGCGGGGCCAAAAACUUGCCAUCCCUGGGUGAUAAUGAGAUGUUGAUCGGAAAACCGGAUAAAACUGCAUACACUGCAGGCCAUCCCAACUACGGCACAGUGGAUAUGACCACAGGCAUCGAAGCUGAGGAGUCUGAAGGAGGGAUGUCCCGGAGGCUCAAGAAGCUGAUUGGACCUCGCUACUAUACAUUGAGAAUCCGUCUUGGUCUUCCUGGAAAAAUGGACAGGCCAACUCCAGUCACAGGGAAAACCGUCACUGUGUGUGUGCUGCUGCUGUUCAUCUUGUUCUUUGCUUUCUGCUCCUUUAUCAUUUUUGGAGCAAGUUGUAUUACAGAUGGACAAUGGUGGGCCUUGCUGCUACUAAUCCUCCUCAUCAUCUUCAUUGCUCUGCUGAUCAUCAUUAUUCUCCAGCAGCCAGAGAACCCAAAGCGGCUCCCUUACAUGGCGCCAUGUGUGCCAUUCGUACCUGCUUCAGCCAUGCUGGUCAACAUCUACCUCAUGCUUAAACUAUCUGCCAUCACUUGGAUUCGUUUCUCAAUCUGGUGCCUCGUUGGUGUACUUAUCUACUUUGGCUAUGGCAUGUGGAACAGCACUCUGGAGAUUACAGCUAGAGAAAAUGAGGUGCAUGCUUCCACCUACCAGCGCUACGAUCAAGGCGUGGACGAAGGCUUCUGUGGCUUCGAAGACGAUUUUUAUCCGCCCACCACUGACACCUGGGAUGCACAUGAGGGGGAUUCAGGGGGGGCGCCACCUCCGAAGGCAAAACCUGAAAGUGAUGGGAUUUCCUCACGAGGUGGAAGUAGAACCAUUGCUAACAAUGGCCUUGCAGAGGAGGACCCAAUGGAUUUCUGAAAGGAAUGACUUUUGUGAUACAUUGAAUGUACUGCCUUGUCUGCUGCCUGGGGGGGAGGGUGUGUGUGUGCGAGUGCAUGACUGACUGCUAGUGUGAAAGGAUGUUUGCAUGCUUGCACGAGUGUGUAUUUGUUUUAUGUUUCAAACCCCUGGGCUAGAUUGUUUUUGGGUAAGGAAACGGUUUCCCUUUUAAAAAUACUCAUUCUGCUUGGCAUGCUGCCCCUCACACAAAUGUCUUCACGCUUUCACAGGAUCUGGCUUUUGAACCAACUUCCCAAACAAAGGAAAACAUGUAAGGAAAGUGUGAACGAAGGCCUAGAUAAGAUAGUGAUUAUGUGAAGAAAUGACAUGCUUUACUGAGAAACUUUUACAAGUCAAGAGCUUUGGCCCAGGAGAGAAAAGGGCAGUGAGAGUGGACAAAUGAGUCAGCAACUGUCUUCCUGUUCCACCUCAGGCAGACAGACAGGAAAGUUUAAUGACAGAUUGAUGGAUACAAAUGCCUUCCAAUGGCAAAGUCGACUUUGUGUGUUGACAGUUUUUGUACAAACGUGAAAACACAUCCUAAACCUACUCUUAAACCUAAAUUGAGCAUCUAGCCUGAGGGGUUUCACCAGGGAUUUGUGGUUAAGGGUGUUGAUGUUUUUGUGACAACUAUUACUUGGACUUUGCUUGUAAUAGUGCCUUCAUCUAUUGUGUGUAUUUUUCUGGUUAUUUUAAAUCCCUAGUUUGAUUUUUGCCUAUGUAUAUGUGUGGUCUGUCGUACUGUGCCUUGCAAAAGCAUUCAUAAAAGCAUUUUUAGAUUUUGUUAUGUUGAAGAGCACUAACCUAUUUUAUUUGGAUUUCAUGGAAUUCACCAACACAUAGGGGUAUUUCUGGUUGAACAUUUUGUUUUCCUUCUAGAAAGUGAACCUUUGCUUCUCGCUCAUGCAUGUAAGUAAAUCCAUCCACUGUCCUAUAAACUCUUACAAUUGCUUUACUAAAGAAAACCAUUCCCAUAGCAUUCUACUGCCACCACCAUCAUUACCACAAGGAUGUUGUUUAUGCUAUUGCACAGGACAGUAGUUGCAUACAGGCCAAAAGGCUUAGUCAUCUAGAUCAUUAUAAGGGGGAAAAAGAUGAUGUACUUAAUUUCUUAUAGUUGAAGAUACUUUGCUCUUCAUCCAAAGAGCUAUCUUAGUUCAAAGCUAGUGGGAUUAGCAUUCCAAGCUUUAAUGGGCUUUACCAUUCAGCCAUUAAUUUCAACUUACAGAACAGCACAUCUAAAAAAAAGCUUAAAAGCUUUGAA